AUGCAGGGUUUUAAAAUUGAUUUCCCGACGGUGGAGAAGGAGGAGGAGAAGCGGCAAGAUAGGAUGAUGAUGAUGAUGACGACAGAUGCAAAAGUGUUUGUCGAUGAUGAAGAACAUGAGACCGUUUAUUCUCUCUCCUCCCCUUCUCUUUCUCUCUCUCUACGAAGAAACACUCUCAUCCCUGCCGGCGUGUGUCUGAUCGCAGAUCUAUCAGUAAUUGUGUUAUUUUGUCAUUCUGAUUUCGUGCUUGGAUCUUCAAACGCUAUUGUAGAUUCUCCUCCCAAUUACUAA